AUGAAAAGCAUUCCUACAAGCUCCCCUUCAACAACAUCUUUGUUCAUCAAACUCCUAACACUCUCUCUUGUCUGUUCUGCAUGUCUUUGCAAAAUUCAUGUUGACAUCUCCAACCAUCUGCCCGAUGGAUCGCCUCCUCUAACCGUCCGUUGCCAAUCGGGAGAUGAUGAUUUAGGAUACCAUGAAUUGUACCCAAAUCAACCGAGCUAUACUUGGGGAUUCGGGCCUUCAUGGUUUGCAACCACUCUGUUCUUUUGUCACUUCUGGUGGGACGGAAAGGAUGCGGUGUUUGAUGUGUAUAAUGAGGACUGGGGAGUCUACUAUUGUGCUCGGUUCAUACAGAGUGGGCGUUAUUCGAAGAAGGUAUCAGAUACGUGUUAUUGGCAAGUGAAGUCUGAUGGCAUCUACUUGAGCAAAACAAGUGAUCUUGUUAGCAGCGAGGGACCAUGGCUACAAAUGCAUAAAUGGGGAGACAAAUGA